CUUUGGCGGCUCUGCCUAAAACAGCCGGGACUCUGAAUGCAAACGAACAUCUGUCAAAAUAAACCUGCAGUCACACAGAAAUAUAAAACAGUGCAUCUGUAUGCCUGGUCGCUGUGGCGCUUCAUCAGUGCAUCUGUAUGCCUGGUCGCUGUGGCGCUUCAUCAGUGCAUCUGUAUGCCUGGUCGCUGUGGCGCUUCAUCAGUGCUAGGAUUUACUCGACUGGUUCUCGACUCUCGUUGUUUCACUGAGGAAGCUGCUCUCGAAGUAACUUUGUUGUGUGCGCUGGGGAGCAGAAAGUAAAGCGCCCGGACACUGAAGCUGGCGCAAUGCAUCUGGGUGUUGCACUGGAGCGCUAGCCUGCUGCAAGUUGCAACAUGCCUGCCACUGCCUCAGUCACCCGCAGAAGCAACACAGAGAGAGAUGAGAAAGAGAUGAGAGAGCAUGGAAGAGCAAGGACAGAGAGAGCAGCCAGGUGGAGAGAGGAGUCGGUCAGGGGGAAUAGACCCAGCGAGCCCCAGUGUGCCUCCCAAGCCAGCCAGCCUCACAGACCCUGUGGACUCAGACACCCUGUCCUCAUCACCGUCCACGCCUCUGGAUUCAAACUGGGAAAGCCUGGACGUAGCCCUGUCUGCUGUGCAUCCCCCGCGUCCUGAGACUGAGACUGAGAGGGACCCCCCCAGCUUGACCUCCUUUCCUAGGACUCCCCUGGGCGUGCCUAUUCUGCAUCCUCCAGAGCGUGACCCUGGACCUGGUGGGGUGGCCUGUCUGGACCGCGGUGAGACCGGCUCUCAACGUGCUGAUAGUUUGAGCCCCACUAAGAUUGACUGCCUCCUGGGUGUGGGUCCCAAGGAGGGAGGCUCAGCUGCGUAUCAGCUGUUUGGCUUGGCCCUGGCUGGGAACAGGCUGUCCCUGGAUGUGUACCCCAAGGGUGUGGCCCUCCUACCUGAGCUGUGGCGGUCUCGCCGGGAGGAGAUGCUGGCCGUGGAGUUCGUGAAGCUCUGCAGCAACCAGGAGGGGAUAGAGGGCGCUGUAGAGCUGCUGCCCAGGAUGAGGGGGCUCAGGUCCGCCGUGCUCAAAGGGGGCUCUCUCAAGGAUGAGUUUGGCGCCUGUGUGCCGGGACGCUUGUCAACGCUGCCCGAUUCUUUCGGCUCCCUGCAGCUGCUCACCCACCUGGACCUGAGCUUCAACCGGCUGCACUCCCUGCCGGGCUGCGUCUCCACCCUGCCCCGCCUCUCCACCCUCCUCCUGGGACACAACCUGCUGGGCUCCCUCCCUGAGAGCCUGGGAGACCUGUGCAGCCUCACCUUCCUUUCCCUCAUUAAGAACCGGCUGCGCUCCCUGCCUGCCAGUCUGGGCCAGCUGGGGGUGCUGCAGAGCCUGGAUGCCUCUCACAACCUGCUGGAGGAGAUACCAGAACAGGUGGGGGCACUCGAGAGGCUGGAGCUGCUCGACCUGUCUGCUAACAAGCUGAGGAGUGUGCCGGAGACACUGGGCAGCCUGCUCUCCCUGCAGCAGCUCCAUCUCCACAGUAACUGCCUGGCGUCGGUACCAGCGAGCCUGGCAGCUCUGCCCAGUCUGACCCAUCUGGACCUUCAGAACAACUGCCUGCGCCAGGUCCCAGCGGAGAUCGAGAGCUGCCCCGCGGCCCGGCUCCGAGGGAAUCCCCUGGGACAGCCAGAGACACCCCAAACCCAGCCCCAGACAGAGGAUGCUUCUGAACCCAAAGCCCCUCCUGAGCUGCACCUGUCAAGAGACCAGGACAGUUUCGUGGUGACCCAUGACGGCUGCACCGUGUUCCUGCCCAGGGGGUUGAAACUGGUGUUCCCUGCGGGCGCCAUCUCCACGGUGACAGUGACCUGGCGUCUGCGCAGGCCCAGCAGGAAGCUGGUCAGGCUGGAACACCACGACUUCCUGUUGAGCUCCGUGCUGGAGCUGCAGCCCCACGGAAUCAGCUUCCACAAGCCUGUGAGCCUCUCCUUGCCCUACUCGGCCCCUCGCACAGCCCCUCACCGGCAGGUUAUAAUCCGAACCUUCGACGGGGCUUCCUGGACCGACCUGCAAAGCCACACAGUGACCUACCGCAGGAGGAAGAGGGUAUUGGGGGCAGCCCAGGCACCAGAGCUUCCACAGGAUAAACUAGGCGGCCAAACCAGCAGGAACGACAAGCGGUUCCUGGCUUGCUGCAGCCUCUCUCAUUUCUCCUGGUUCAUGGUGGUGUCUCGGCUGGUGGAGGAGUGCUGUUCAGUGUUGCCUCUGCAGGGGGCACUGCUGGUCUCGUCUGCAGACCACGGGAUCAAGGUGACCUUCCCCCCCGCUGCCACUGCAGAACCACGGGGUGUCAGGAUGCAGGUCCUCACGGUGCCCCUGCCUCAGCUCAGAGAGCUCUCUGGAGACCCCCAGGCCAGCGCCAGCCCACUGCUCCGCCUGUCCCAGAGCUCAGCUCUCAACUUCCUGCAGCCAGUCAGGAUACAGCUGCCCCUGCCUCCGGGGCUCACAGGCCUCUCUCUGGAUCGCUCACGGCUCCACCUCCUGCACGGGGAUCCCAGUGCUGACACCUGGACUGACAUCACCCAGCAGGUGGCGCUGCAGUUCACUCACCUCUACGCUGUGUUCGAGGUGUCGCACUUCUCCUGGUACUGGCUGUGGUACACCACGCAGCGCUAUGUGGGGGGGGUGGUGCGGAGGGUGUACGAGAGGCUGCGUCUCCACCAGGUCCAGUUCAUGGCUCUGCAGAGGAAGAAGGACCCAGAGCAGGUGCUGCUGCAGUGCUUGCCCCAGAACAAGUGCCGGUACCAGGGUCCAGAACCCUCGGAUCUGAUUGACAUGCUGGAGGGGGAACAGUUCUUCGCUGGCUUCGAGAAGGGGAUCGAGAUAGAUUCCGACCGCCCUGAUUGCGAGGCUGGGCGAAUCUCCUUCGUGUUUUACUCUCACAUGAAGAACCGGAAGGAAGUGUAUGUGAGCUCCAGCUCUGACCGCAGCGUGCAGCCCGUGCGCGGCCAGGUCUCAUUUUACCGGGGAGCGAUGCCAGACAGCUUACCUGAGGAGGCUGCAAAGAAAAGGAAGGGACCCGAUAGCCAGUGGCUCACAACUCUCCCACUGCAGCUACCAAUGCUGCGGUCAGUGAUCGAGGGGGGUCAGUCCGGUCAGCCCUCUCCGCUGAACCUGGGGGACGAGGAGAGUGGGUUCCUGACCGAGGUCAACCUGCUGGGCAUCGCGCUGCGCAUCGGGGCUGAGUGGAGGAGCAUCGGAACGAACCUGGGGUUGACCUACCAGCAGCUUGAAAGGCUGGAGUAUGGGCACAGGGGUGAUCUGGGCAGGCUGGUGGAGUCCAUGCUCUUUUCCUGGGCACGUGCCAGCGCUGGCUUGCCAGACUGCGUGGCUCAGCUGGUGCGGGCAAUGCAGGAGAGUGGCCGCCAGGACAUCGCCGAAGAGAUCGCUGACAUCAUCGAGCUGGGCAAGCGCAAGUACCGAGACUCCCUCCAGAGAGCGGGGCUGGGGGCGGGGAGCAGCCAGGAGGACUCCGCCAUAGACAUGGGGUAGAGGCUUCGAGUGCUAGAGGAGACAGAGCUCUCUAUAGAGUGCUAGAGGAGACAGAGCUCUCUAUAGAGUGCUAGAGGAGACAGAGCUCUCUGUAGAGUGCUAGAGGAGACAGAGCUCUCUGUAGAGUGCUAGAGGAGACAGAGCUCUCUGUAGAGUGCUAGAGGAGACAGAGCUCUCUGUAGAGUGCUAGAGGAGACAGAGCUCUCUGUAGAGUGCUAGAGGAGACAGAGCUCUCUGUAGAGUGCUAGAGGAGACUGGGCUCUGAAGGACUUUGCUCCAGCCAGGGUGUAGUUGGGGCUGGACUCGCUACAGGGGUGCUUUUAAUAAUGAAGUGAGAACCACUAUGGAAAGCCAGUGUUGGCACACCGUGUGUGUGCUGGACUUUGCUGUGGACCUGCAGCUGAUCUGCACGAGAUUGUAUUUGUUUUUAGAUGUUGAUUCAUGGUGAUUCAAAAAUAAAUGAAAAAUACACUUGAAUGUUUCUCUUGGUGUCGGCUGUCCAUCUGAAUGUAAUUUAAAUGAUGCUGUGCCAUGCCUGUGGGUUUUAUACAGUGGGUGUAUAUAUAUAAUAUAUUGUGACCUGUGCAGGCUGGGACUGGGAUUAAUGCAUUCGUGAAACUGAGGACCAAACUCCUGCUGAACCACACACACACACGCACACGCACACGCACACGCACACGCACACGCACACCACACACCACACACCACACACACAGGAGCACGAGGAAAUGUGUUUCUCUAGAGUGGGGUGGGGGCGGGGGUUCUUCUGUUUUAAUAAGUGUAAUUGAAUUGUUAAUA